AUUUGGCCUUAAUAUAACGCAGCUAAGACAACAGACCUGAGCUCCUCAACUGAGGUAUUUCUAUCCGUUAUCCCUUCCUUCUACCUAUUUUCCCAACCUCGUUUCGACACUGAUACAAAAAAUCCAAAACCAAAAUCCACGUUAAAUUCCUUUGAAGAAUUCAGUCUCCAGUCUCUGAUCCCAUGUUUACAUUUGCCAUCUCCACUUCACUCUUCUAACAUGUGAAACAACCUCUAUAAUUUCCAUUUACUAAUAUGCAACAGUUAUUGUUACCCACCACCUCGUUCCCGCCUCCACUUUUCCCUCUGAAGUCUCAUCCUUUCCCUCGAAAGCAGCAAUUUUGUCUAAGAGACGGCUUGAGCUUGUACGCCCCACCAAAAAUGGCUUCCUUUUCUGGGUUUGUAGCUAAGUCCCAGAUGCAAACGACUGCUGAUGGUGGUGAUGCAAAUGGGUUUUCUACGCUGAUGGAGUAUGUUGGCAAAGGAGGACUAGACGUGGGAGAUGAGUUAGUGGUUUUGCUUUAUCAUAUGCAAUAUGCUUGCAAGAGAAUUGCUGCUCUCGUGGCUUCUCCUUUUAAUUCUGCUCUCGGGAAACAUUCAGGUCUUUCUGCUGGCACAUCCGGGUCUGGUGGUUUAGACAGGGAUAAACCAAAGCCGCUUGAUAUUGUGGCAAAUGAAGUCAUAUUGUCCUCUCUUAGAAAUUCAGGAAAGGUUUCAGUCAUGGCUUCAGAAGAAGAUGACGCUCCUAUUUGGAUCAAUGACGAUGGCCCUUUUGUGGUGGUAUUGGAUCCUCUUGAUGGUUCUCGAAAUAUAGAUGCUUCCAUUCCCACUGGAACAAUUUUUGGGAUAUAUAAGCGACUUGUGGAGCUAGAUCAUCUACCUACAGAGGAGAAGGCAUCACUGAAUUCGCUACAGAGUGGAACCAGGCUCCUAGCUGCUGGCUAUGUUCUCUAUUCAUCCGCCACAAUUCUCUGUGCUAGCUUCGGCUCUGGAACGCAUGCAUUUACACUAGAUCAUUCAACGGGAGACUUUAUUCUCACACAUCCAAGCAUCAGAAUUCCUGCUCGAGGUCAAAUAUAUUCUGUUAAUGAUGCACGGUAUUUUGACUGGCCUGAAGGUCUAAGGCAAUAUAUCAACACAGUGAGACAAGGCAAAGGCAAAUACCCUAAGAAAUAUUCAGCACGUUAUAUAUGCUCUUUGGUUGCUGAUUUCCAUAGGACUCUCUUGUAUGGUGGACUGGCAAUGAAUCCAAGGGACCAUCUACGCCUGGUGUACGAGGCAAACCCUCUCAGUUUUCUUGCAGAGCAAGCUGGAGGCAAGGGGUCGGAUGGUAAAAGUAGGAUUCUUUCCAUCCAACCAGUCAAACUGCAUCAAAGACUGCCUCUCUUUUUGGGGAGUUUGGAGGAUAUAGAUGAGUUGGAAAGCUAUGAAGAUGUUCAACAGAAAGUAAACCCUGGGUAUGCAGUCUAAUGACUUUGUUCUUUCCAGCAGAUGUGAUGUAUACUGCUCUGUUGCUCUGCUUUUCUAUAAGUUCACAUGACAGCUCUUCCUCUCCACUGUUCAUACUUUUUUCUCUGUUUUUUCAAUAAUCAAGAGUUGUAUGUGAGUCACGAAGACCAAAAUGUAAUGCUAUUAUUACAAAGUCGAAUGUGAAAGCAUCACACUUUUUACAAGUUUUGAGUUUGGUUGUUGUAAGAACCAAUCCAGCAGUACAAGGAAAAAAGACAUACUUAUUGUAUUUAUCUUGUAAUCUUAGUUGUAUUCUGAUUUUUUAAACUCUUAUCAACUGGUACAUUAUUCUA